CUGCUAGAUUUAAGGACCAUCGACUCAAUGAAGAAACAGCGGCGAUCGCGGCGUCUAAGCUCAUCGAUUGUUUACACUGUAUUAGUUCCAUUCGGCUGGGUUAAUAAUACUUUGAGGUGAAGGUUUACUUUACGAUCAUUGUCCUCUAGUAUGACUUUGUCGUUUAAUGUCAAGGAGAACCGGAAAUGUGAUUCUUCGCUUCAAGAACCUUGCUUGGCACAAAACUUCGAGGGUGAAAGCAAAAGCUCGAAAAAUCAUUUGAAAGAGAAUGGUGAGUCCUUUUCCUUCUUGUUUUUUAAACGUUGUGUUUUAAUUACUGCUCAGAAAAGAGACUAAGCACAUCAAUAGCUGCACUUUUUUCAAACUUUCAUUAAAGUCAGCUGUCUGAAGCAGUAACCAGAAAACUGGGACAUAGGAACGGAAUCUUUAAUCUCCUCGUCAAGAAAAAGCUAUUGUGUUUGUGAAAAUCACACUGAUCUUAUGCAAUCAAAUGUUCAUUAUUGCCUUAUAUUUUGAACAAGUUUUACUUUUUUUCAGUAAGCUUAAGAAGAAUGCCGUCAAAUUAUUAUGAGAUUUUUCCCAAGUUACUUGGUUCUGACACUAUCUAUGUUACCUUUAAUCCUCAACUCAAAGCCAGAAUUACGUCACGUAAAGCCCAAUUCUCUGGUACCCCUAACCUAACUGUGACAUAGCUGCCGGUUUCCCUAACCUCUCUCAUGCUGUUCUGACAUACAAGAACAGAAGUUGCUGGCAAUGUAAGACAUCACAGUCUUAAUGACCAACAAGUGUUCGAAAUUGACUUGAGUUCAACUCCACAGGCUUGUUGGCAGUAAAGACUGUGAUGGCUGUCGUUGCGGCAGCAUAUACCCUGAUAUCAGAGCAGUAUCCCAGGCAGUAAUGAUGGCUUAAUGUUGCUAUAUUUGCUAGAAAGUUACCUCUGUCAUUGGAUUCCAAAGAAGCUUUUAAAACCCUUUAAGCCCUAGUAUCCAUACGCAAAUGCUCCAACUUGAUCUCCAUACAUUUCCUUAAGAAUUAGUUCAUAGAAUUUUAUAUAAGAUCAAAGCAUUUUUUCUUUAGGUGAUCAUUUAUUCUCAUAACCAUUUGCCUUGUUUAUCGUAGUUAGUAGAGCCUAACUAUGUGUUUACGUAUCGAUUCUGCCAGGAGAAAAUUGAUGUUGGUCACUCAUAGUAUUUAAAGGGUUAAUACAAGCUUUAAAGUCAAAAAUUCUUUUUUUCUCUACCAUUACUUACCCUUGCUUUGUUUUUUUUUCUCAGACAAUGUACCAUUCACAUCAUCCGCUACAUUCAGGACCAUCAUCUUUUUGGUUCUCACCCUUCAAGCCACAUGUUACUUCUCACUUCUCCGUUAUUCCAGAACAAGAACAAACAAGAUGUACUUUGCUUCCACUGCUGUUUUCUUAGCAGAAGUGAUAAAACUUUUGGUUACUUUGCUUAUAAUAUUUAUCCAAAGAGGAAAUCGCAAAGAUUUCGCAUCAUUCCUUAUUGAUAAUCUUCUUACAAACCCACUGGAUACACUCAAGCUGUCAGUUCCCUCUGUGCUCUACAUUAUACAAAAUAAUCUGGUUUAUAUAGGCAUGACUCAUCUAGAGUCAACAACAUUUCAGGUAUGUACAUGGAUCUGGGUUUUGUGAGCCUCAUUUACUCUGGUUACCGCGGUAUUAGUCCAAUAGUCGUGUUUGUCAGAACGCAUCCUAGUCUGGUGUUCCUGUGGCACAAAGGCAAAAAUUUUCAAGGUAUCAAGGGCGACUGUCGAUAAGUCACCCCUAUUAAUUUUAUCAGAGGCCGCAGUGAACUGGACUCCUUUGGACUCCAACAGGCAAGAUAACAGGACAAACACGGAUCCAUAAUCAUUGAUUAUUACUAAAUAAAGACUAUAUCAGAUCGAUAAUGGAUGAUUUGAGAAGCUAUUUCAAACCCUCGACAUAGUGUUUCAUCUGAUACCCAAUACGUUGGUAUUAGAAAACUCAGCUGCUGCCCCAUUGUUUUCAAACCCACCUCUUGGUGUCUGGAUAUCAGAUGAAAACACUGCAUCCUGUGUUUUAUAUAGUACUGAAAUAAGAUUAGAAGCUGUGGGUUGUAAGUAGGAAAUAGAAAUCUCCUAAAGAAGUGCACCUUGAGUGAGUUUAAAAAACACUUAAAAUAAUAUGCCACAGCUAAGGUUACAGAUGCCUACAGAAAAAGAUCUGAAAUACAUGAAUAAAAAUUGGACAUAACGGCUUAUGUCCUUUGUCUGAGCCCUGUCAAACUCUUUGUUUUGACAACAGACUUUUUACAAGAAGUCAAAGAAAAGAUUUAUGCAACUGGCUUGUUGGUUAAUGCACACUGUAUUUUUUCAGAAGGGACAUGUUAACAGAAGGCUCCUGAGGUGCUCCCUUUGCUCCCCCCAUUUUGUACCCUAGAUGCCCCUCUUCUCAUUUCACAUACCCCUUCUUCACCUCUAAUCAGACACCCCUCCCUCCAUUGAGCCAUUUUUUAAAGUCUACUCAACUAAACUUGCUAGAGAUAAUUGCAUAAGAUCUGAAGGUGUACAGCGACAAUAAAUUGUUAUCUAUUUCACCUGAUGAUGAUAACUGCUCCUUGCACUAAACUGCACUGUGAUAAUGCACUUACCUCUCUCUUAUUUUCAGAUCACAAACCAACUGAAAAUUAUUAGUACUGCAGUCUUCUCCAUUGCUUUAUUAAACAGACAGUUAACAAGAUCAAAGUGGAUUUCCUUGGUUCUCCUUUCUAUUGGUGUCACAUUGGUUCAGAUUGACUCUCAUACAUCUGUGCAACCCAAUAUAGUGCCAAACACUGAUAGCAAAUAUGAUCAUAGAAAUGGACAGUCUUCAAUCCUGGGACUAAUGUCAGUUCUUACAGCUUCAUUAGUAUCUGGAUUUGCCGGUGUUUAUAUGGAGAAAAUAUUUAAAAGACAAAGGCAGACAUCAUUUUGGGUUUCAAAUGCACAGCUUUACACCUUUGGUAGUCUUCUAAGCUUUAUUGGAGUUGUUUAUCAAGAUUGGGCUGAUAUUAAAAAGAUGGGUUUCUUUCAUGGCUAUGAUUUUGUUGUUUUGUUGGUGGUGUUGUUUGCUUCUGCUGGCGGUAUUAUUGUCUCGCUGAUUUUGAAGUAUGCUUCAUGUAUAACAAAAGGAUUUGCAACAUCCUGUGCAAUUGUUCUUUCAAGUAUAGUAUCAGUCUAUGCAUUCAGUUUUGUUCCUAGUAUUUUAUUUGUUGCCGGAGCUGUGUGUGUUUUUGUGGCAGUGUUAAUGUACAGUUAGUCAAUUCUUUCUUAGGGUGUGUUUGAUUGUCGUGAUCGUAUUCCAGAAUAAGAAUGCACGGAAAUUUGUGACAAAUCUCUUGGGCUGUAAAGUUUUGGACCUUUAAUGAGCUUCAUUCAUCUAAUUUAUUAAUUUCCACCAAGGUUCUGAAUUUUACCUCCGAAAGGACUUGUGUGUGGCUGAGCAGUUAACAGGUCUGGGUUUCAAGCCUCGCCAGUCGCAUGUUUCCAUACUGCUGGGGGUAACCCUGCAAUGGACAAGCAUCUCAUCCGGGGGGCAGGGGGAGUGGUAAUACUGCUAGACAUGCUUUAUGCAAAGGAAACUUGGAUUAGCUCUGGCCAUUUGGGCCCUUGGCUUGUGUGCGCCUUUACCUUGCUUUUAUCUUAAUCAAAAAUACGGUCCACUGAACACACCUUUAAUCCUUUCACAUCAGUCUUUAAUUUCCCUUGAUUAUGAAAGCAGUUCCUGAAAAAUUCCUAAUUUCAUUGUGUAGUUUUCUGGAAAACCCAUACAUGUAGCACAAAGAAUGAAUUGAAAGUAUUGGUAAUGCAAAAGAAGUCACACCACGGGAUUAACAAACUCAAAGGUUAGGACAGAUGUCUCCACACUUGACUGCCGGCUUUUUCUACUGGUUUCUUUUAUUAUGUAUCAGCUGU